AUGUCAAAGAUUGGCUUCUGUAACUUGUUAAUACGGCUUGGUGUCAAAAAUGGCGACAAAGCUCUGACUUUUUUGGGCUGCUGUAAAUUUGAGAUACCACUAGCAAUAUUGUUUUGGUUGACAAUUAGAUACCCCGUGUUGGGCAGGGAGAUUAACAAGCUUGAAAUGGAAGUUUAUAACAUAACUUCUUCACAACCAUUAGCAGAGGGACAAACUCUUGUCUCCCCAGGCCACAUUUUCGAAUUGGGCUUCUUCAGUCCUAAUAAUUCUGCAAACAAGUAUGUGGGGAUAUGGCACAAGACUAUAUUUCCCCGCAAAGUUGUUUGGGUGGCCAACAGAGAAAAGGCUCUUUCAGUUACAGACACAUUGGCUAGUUUGACAAUUAACGGCAAUGGGAACCUGGAGCUUGUAGAUGGGAAACAGAGUUCUAUUUGGUCAACCAAUAUUUCAGUGCCAUCUAAUGGUUCAGCUGCACUUCUUUUCGACAGUGGAAACUUUGUUGUCCAAGAUGAUAUAGGAGCUCAAUUAUGGAGGAGCUUUGAUUAUCCUGGUGACACACUUCUACCAAUGAUGUUGCUGGGAUUUGAUAACAACUCUGGAAAGAGGGAUGUCUUGACUGCCUGGAAAAGUGAGAGUGAUGGAUCAACCGGGUUGUUCUCGGUUGGAUUGGCACCACAGAUCCCAACACAAAUGUUCAUUUGGAUUAAUGGAUCAACUCCCUACUGGAGAAGUGGGCUAUGGGACAAAGCAAAGUUCCUUGGCAUACCAGGAAUGAAUGAUGAAUAUGUAAGUGGAUUAAAUCUAGAUGAUAAUGUGCAGCUGGGAACAAAGUAUUUCUCUUUUUUCUUGAACAGAAUUCUGGCAUAUAUGGAAAUCUCUUAUAAAGGUACACUAAAGCUUAUGUAUUCCGAACAUGGUGAGAACUGGAAUCUUAACUUUGAGGCCCCAAAGAAUCCAUGUGACCAUUAUGGAAUAUGUGGACCUUUUGGGGUUUGCAAAGCUUCCGAGUCUCCCAUCUGCAAGUGUUUGAAAGGGUUUAAACCCAAGUCACAAGAGGAAUGGAGCAAAGGAAACAGUGCAGGGGGGUGUGUGAGGAAAACCAAAUUGUUUUGUGGGAGUAACACAAGUCAGUCAGUUCCUUUGAGAGGAAAACAAGAUGGGUUUUUGAAGAUGUCAAGGGUAAACCUACCAGAUUUUCAUGAGUAUAUUUCGAAUUUGGGUGCUGAAGACUGCAAGGUACAGUGCAUAGGGUGUUUGGUCUGGUCCAAAGACCUUAUUGAUAUUCAAGAGUUUGCCUCUGGUGGAGAUGAUCUUUUUAUUCGCCUAGCACAUGCAGAAUUAGGUGAAAGAAAGCAAAUAAAGUUAAUGGUCAGCCUCAUAGCUGUUUGUUUUAUCAGUAUCUUGGCUGGCAUAGUGUUUGGCUUGCACAGAUUGCGAUCUAACCAAAAGAGUAAGAGAAUGAGGUUGAGGGAUGCAAUUAAUGCGUUAGCCCAUGAUCUCACCCUUCCUCUGUUUGAAUUUGGUUGCUAUAUUUGCAAACCAGGAAACGUCAAAGUAACACCUAAGGACUUUGAAAUGGCUGAUAUGAUUGAGACUUCAAGAGACGCUCUUCUUCAUGAAUAUAUAAGAAAACAUGAUCCAUCAGAGCUAGUAAUCUAUGAUUUUGAUAGCAUAUUAAUUGCUACAAGCAAUUUCAGCAUCACAAACAAACUCGGAGAAGGAGGAUUCGGGCCUGUAUAUAGGGGUAAGCUACAAGAAGGGAAAGAAAUAGCAGUAAAAAGACUAUCUGGUAGCUCAGUACAAGGAAUAGAAGAGUUCAAGAAUGAGAUGCUGUUGAUCUCCAAACUCCAACAUAAGAAUCUUGUAAGGCUCAUGGGUUGCUGCAUUAAAGAUGAUGAGAAGCUACUAAUUUAUGAGUUCAUGCCAAACAAAAGCUUGGAUACUCUUUUGUUCAAUCCAAUGAGAAGAGCAGAGCUUGAUUGGGCUAAACGCUUCAAUAUUAUUCAAGGUGUUGCAAGAGGACUUCUUUAUCUCCACUAUGAUUCACGUUUGAAGGUAAUACAUAGAGAUUUGAAGGUAAGCAAUAUUCUGUUGGAUGAGAAGAUGAGGCCAAAGAUUUCAGAUUUUGGACUGGCACGGAUCUUUGAAGGGACACAGAAUCUAGCAAACACUCAGAAGGUUGUGGGAACUCUUGGCUAUAUGUCUCCGGAGUAUGCCAUGCGCGGGAUAUUUUCUGAAAAAUCUGAUAUAUAUGGCUUUGGGGUCUUGCUAUUGGAGAUUAUUAGUGGCAGGAAGAAUACCAGCUUCUAUUACCAUGACCAAGAGUUAGGAUUGAUAGCUUAUGCAUGGCACUCAUGGAAUGAAGGCAGGGGAUUGGACUUGGUUGAUGAAGUCUUGGCAGAUUCAUAUUCCCAAUCAGAAGUGACGAGAUGUGUGCAUAUUGGUCUUCUUUGUGUACAGGACAAUGCUGCAGACAGGCCAACCAUGCCAGAUGUAGUUUUCAUGCUGAGUAGGGAGACAGAUCGCCCACGACCUAAGCGGCCUAUAUUUACUUUCCAUAGCUCAGUCUCUGAUCCUCAACUGCGGUAUGACAACAUUUGCUCCGCAAAUGAAGAUACUAUAACACUGCUUCAAGGACGAUAA